CAGCAGCAGCAGCAGCAGCAGCAGCAGCAGCAGCAGCAGCAGCAGCAGCAGCAGCAGCAGCAGCAGCAGCAGCAGCAGCAGCAGCAGCAGCAGCAGCAGCAGCAGCAGCAGCAGCAGCAGCAGCAGCAGCAGCAGCAGCAGCAGCAGCAGCAGCAGCAGCAGAAGCAGCAGCAGCAGCAGCAGCAGCAGCAGCAGCAGCAGCAGCAGCAGCAGCAGCAGCAGCAGCAGCAGCAGCAGCAGCAGCAGCAGCAGCAGCAGCAGCAGCAGCAGCAGCAGCAGCAGCAGCAGCAGCAGCAGCAGCAGCAGCAGAAGCAGCAGCAGCAGCAGCAGAAGCAGCAGCAGCAGCAGCAGCAGCAGCAGCAGCAGCAGCAGCAGCAGCAGCAGCAUCAGAAGCAGCAGCAGCAGCAGCAGCAGCAGCAGGAGCAGCAGCAGGCAGCAGCAGCAGCAGCAGCAGCAGCAGCAGCAGCAGCAGCAGCAGCAGCAGCAGCAGCAGCAGCAGCAGCAGCAGCAGCAGCAGCAGCAGCAGCAGCAGCAGCAGCAAGCAGCAGCAGCAGCAGCAGCAGCAGCAGCAGCAGCAGCAGCAGCAGCAGCAGCAGCAGCAGCAGAAGCAGCAGCAGCAGCAGCAGCAGCAGCAGCAGCAGCAGCAGCAGCAGCAGCAGCAGCAGCAGCAGCAGCAGCAGAAGCAGCAGCAGCAGCAGCAGCAGCAGCAGCAGCAGCAGCAGCAGCAGCAGCAGCAGCAGCAGCAGCAGCAGCAGCAGCAGCAGCAGCAGCAGCAGCAGCAGCAGCAGCAGCAGCAGCAGCAGCAGCAGCAGCAGCAGCAGCAGCAGCAGCAGCAGCAGCAGCAGCAGCAGCAGCAGCAGCAGCAGCAGCAGCAGCAGCAGCAGCAGCAGCAGCAGCAGCAGCAGCAGCAGCAGCAGCAGCAGCAGCAGCAGCAGCAGCAGCAGCAGCAGCAGCAGCAGCAGCAGCAGCAGCAGCAGCAGCAGCAGCAGCAGCAGCAGCAGCAGCAGCAGCAGCAGCAGCAGCAGCAGCAGCAGCAGCAGCAGCAGCAGCAGCAGCAGCAGCAGCAGCAGCAGCAGCAGCAGCAGCAGCAGCAGCAGCAGCAGCAGCAGCAGCAGCAGCAGCAGCAGCAGCAGCAGCAGCAGCAGCAGAAGCAGCAGCAGCAGCAGCAGCAGCAGCAGCAGCAGCAGCAGCAGCAGCAUCAGAAGCAGCAGCAGCAGCAGCAGCAGCAGCAGGAGCAGCAGCAGCAUGCAGCAGCAGCAGCAGCAGCAGCAGCAGCAGCAGCAGCAGCAGCAGCAGCAGCAGCAGCAGCAGCAGCAGCAGCAGCAGCAGCAGCAGCAGCAGCAGCAGCAGCAGCAGCAGCAGCAGCAGCAGCAGCAGCAGCAGCAGCAGCAGCAGCAGCAGCAGCAGCAGCAGCAGCGCAGCAGCAGCAGCAGCAGCAGCAGCAGCAGAAGCAGCAGCAGCAGCAGCCAGAAGCAGAAGCAGGCAGCAGCAGCAACAGCAGCAGCAGCAGCAGCCAGCUAGCAGCAGCAGCAGCAGCAGCAGCAGCAGCAGCAGCAGCAGCAGCAGCGCAGCAGCAGCAGCAAAGCAGUCAGCAGCAGCAGCAGCAGCAGCAGCAGCAGCAGCAGCAGCAGCAGAGCAGCAGCAGCAGCAGCAGCAGCAGCAGCAGCAGCAGCAGCAGAAGCAGCAGCAGCAGCAGCAGCAGCACGCAGCAGCAGCAGCAGCAGCAGAAGCAGCAGCAGCAGCAGAAGCAGAAGCAGCAGCAGCAGCAGCAGCAGCAGCAGCAGCAGCAGCAGCAGCAGCAGCAGCAGCAGCAGCAGCAGCAGCAGCAGCAGCAGCAGCAGCAGCAGCAGCAGCAGCAGCAGCAGCAGCAGCAGCAGCAGCAGCAGCAGCAGCAGCAGCAGCAGCAGCAGCAGCAGCAGCAGCAGCAGCAGCAGCAGCAGCAGCAGCAGCAGCAGCAGCAGCAGCAGCAGCAGCAGCAGCAGCAGCAGCAGCAGCAGCAGCAGCAGCAGCAGCAGCAGCAGCAGCAGCAGAGCAGCAGCAGCAGCAGCAGCAGCAGCAGCAGCAGCAGCAGCAGCAGCAGCAGCAGAAGCAGCAGCAGCAGCAGCAGCAGCAGCAGCAGCAGCAGCAGCAGCAGCAGCAGCAGCAGCAGCAGCAGCAGCAGCAGCAGCAGCAGCAGCAGCAGCAGCAGCAGCAGCAGCAGCAGCAGCAGCAGCAGCAGCAGCAGCAGCAGCAGCAGCAGCAGCAGCAGCAGCAGCAGCAGCAGCAGCAGAAGCAGCAGCAGCAGCAGAAGCAGCAGCAGCAGCAGCAGCAGCAGCAGCAGCAGCAGCAGCAGCAGCAGCAGCAGCAGCAGCAGCAGCAGCAGCAGCAGCAGCAGCAGCAGCAGCAGCAGCAGCAAGCAGCAGCAGCAGCAGCAGCAGCAGCAGCAGCAGCAGCAGCAGCAGCAGCAGCAGCAGCAGCAGCAGCAGCAGCAGCAGCAGCAGCAGCAGCAGCAGGCAGCAGCAGCAGCAGCAGCAGCCAGCAGCAGCAGCCAGCAGCAGCAGCAGCAGCAGCAGCAGCAGCAGCAGCAGCAGCAGCAGCAGCAGCAGCAGCAGCAGCAGCAGCAGCAGCAGCAGCAGCAGCAGCAGCAGCAGCAGCAGCAGCAGCAGCAGCAGCAGCUAGAGGGGGAGGGAAAAGGGGGAAGCGAGUGGGGAGUGGGGAUUCGGUUGCUGUCGUGUUGCUGGCGAUGCUUGAGAAUUGAUGAAAGCCCUGAGAGGGGGAAGGAGGAGUGGGGGAAGGGGACAAAGCAGGGGUGGGAAAGAGCAGCAGCAGCAGCCACAGCAGCAGAAGAGGUGGGUACUUGA